UUUUCUUAACAAUAAAUAUGACACUUGUUAAUUCGCUGACUGUGGAGCGAUCAGUGAGUCCCAAGCAAGAACAUCAUCAUCAUUAUCAUCAUGAUCUGAUCUGAUCAUGUCCUUAAACGAGAGCACCGAAUGAAUAGAAGCAUGGAUGUUGAAAUGGAACAUCUCAAUUUGAAUCGCAAUGUGAUGAAUUUAAGGGAAAAAGAAUUGCAGAUUGUGGUCCAGUCACCGUCCAAGGUUGAGGUUCCCGAUGGUUGGCUGGUUGAACAACGACCCCGUCCCUCUAACCCCAACCACAUUGACAGGGUAAGGUAUUACAUAGAGCCACACACCGGACAAAAGUUCCGAUCUUUGGUAUCGGUUCAGCGAUAUCUAAAUGGAGGAGAAACAGGAGACUAUCUUCCUACUCAAAGAAUCAUAUCAGAAAACAAUAAUAAUCUUCCCGAUGGUUGGUUGGUUGAGCAUCGGCCCCGUUUGUCUAACUCCGACCGCGUCGACCGGUAUUACAUAGAGCCACGCACUGGACAGAAGUUCCGUUCUUUGACAUCUGUUCAGAGAUAUCUUAUGGCAGAAGCAAGAGACUAUCUUCCUACUGAAAGAAUGAUAUCAGAAAACGCUACGUGCAUCAAGUCUAGGACUGCACAAAAGCUUCGACCUGCAAAAGAUUUUGAGGGACGUUUAAGUUUUUCUGCAGAAAAUGCAUGUAGAGCUACGCCCAAGUUAGUUUUCAAAUGUGGCUCUGGAAAGAAAAGUGCUCCUAGUAUAAGUUACAAAGAAAAUGAUUCUCAGAAGAAAAUCAAAAUAGGGGAAGACGAUAGAGGUUCCAUCCAUAACUUAGCAAGACCACCAACAAAAGUGAGCUGGGUUUUGUCUGAUCCUAGAGGCUUCUGGAACCCUUUCCUCGAUGAUUCUGUUGUACCGGCAUCUGAAAAGAGGAAAUGGUCCGAAGCAUUUUCAAUAUCCAUCAAUGAAGGAGCUACUAGUGGAGUUAAUAAUUGAGGAUUCAACAUGGAGAAGACAUGACAUAUUGGUGACUAUGUUGUGGUACUAUGUAGCUUAUGUUGUAGCAUAUAUGUAGAGAUCAUUCUAUUUCACUGGUUACAGUAGUAUGUGUUGUGUCAAACUGGUUCUAGGAACAAUACUUUAUUAUUGGGUUGCACAACCUUCAAAAAACUUAGAGGGGAUAGACAAACUGGUGAAGGAUUGAAAUUUCAACUCAUUGUCAAAUUUCAGUCUUAAGACUAGGCCAGUGCUGAUUUAGCUUUGUUAGAAAAACUUUUGUACAGAGAUAAAUAACUAUCUUGUAUUGUCUUUUAUUGUGUGGUUGGUGUUAAUAUGACCAUGUUUCAUGCCGUUAUCA